UACAAGUCUCGCCAUUCGCGCACUGUUUGUCACACUAAUCGGCAGUUUCGAGAUUAUUCCAGCCAGCAACACUCAAUUUUGUUGUCUUGCCAUUUUGCUCACUAUCGUCAAUAAUAAUAUUGUUUGUGUACAAAAAGCCAAAAAUCUAAAAUAAAUAAAAGCGCAAAAAAAAGAAGAACGCUUCGUAUCGCCAGAAAUAAGCGCGUUCGCUUAAGUUCUUGCCCCCAAGUGCCGCUAAUCUAUUUAUUGUAAACAGAAUUGAGUGCGUUUGGCUUGUUAUCGGUGGUAUUUUUCCCUUUCCAAGUAUAAAAAAAGUGGCAGAAACUAAAAAAUUAAAGUUCACAGCGAAUUUCGAACUUUUUCUCGAGUGCGCGCCGUCUUUGGACGGCAGUUUGGGUCGCGCAAAAGCGAAAGUGAAACGUAGUACCGUGUCGUGUGCCCUCAACUCCUUGAGUCUUUUCGUAUAACUAGACUUCGUAAGUGAAACCGCGCAGCGCCAUGUUGAAACGUUGUGCCACCCUCGUCACGUGCCAAUUGAUGCAUCCACGCUGUCGUUACAGCAGCGGCGCCAGCAACGUCGAGGGCGAUGCGAAAGCGCGUCUGGGCAUUAUUGGUGUGCCCUUCUCGAAGGGUCAGGGUAAGGGCGGUGUGGAAAAAGCGCCUGCGCUGCUGCGCGAACAUGGGUUAGUGCCGCUACUCGAACAGGUGUCCUGCGGCCAACUAGAGGUACGCGACUAUGGCGAUCUGCAAUUCGGUGUGGACCCCAUACCAACGGAGGCGCCGGAAUAUAGUAAAAUUAAAAAUUAUGGCGAAUUUAUGGGCUGCAACAAGGCGCUGAUCCGCAAAGUUCAGCAGCUGUUACAGGAGAACGAUCAGUUCCUGACGAUCGGUGGCGAUCAUGCAAUUGGUUUUGGCUCCGUUGCCGGACAUUUACAACAUACGCCCAAUCUUUCGCUGGUGUGGGUGGACGCUCACGCCGACAUCAACCUGCACAAUACCUCGGAGUCUGGCAAUAUACACGGAAUGCCCGUCUCCUUUCUGCUCAAGGAAUUACGCGUCUUCUGGCAGCAUGCGAAGCUCGAACAAACGGCACCGGUUUGUUUGGCCGCUGAUCAGCUUGUUUACAUUGGUUUGAGGGACAUUGACCCGUACGAAGCGUAUAUCCUGAAUAAAUUAGGCAUACGAGCGUUCGCGAUGGAUUCUGUGGACAAGUACGGCAUUUCUAAAAUCAUCGAGCGUACACUGGACUCACUGAAACCGCAAAAUAAGAUACAUGUCAGUUUCGAUAUUGACGCCUUGGACAAAGCCGUAGCGCCCAGUACUGGUACAGCUGUUUGUGCCGGCCUAACAUUACGCGAGGGUAUAUCGGUGGUAGAGGCGCUACGUGACACGAAUCGCGUGCAAGGAAUCGAUUUGGUAGAAUUGAAUCCAAGCUUAGGCAAUGAGCAAGAUGUGAACACCACAAUUGCAUCGAGUUUGGAAAUAUUGAAAAGCAUAUGCGGUUACAAACGCAGCGGUAAUUUCGCCAAUAUAAAGAUGGAUCUGUUCGAGACGGUGAAAAAUUAAUAUACUCACAUAUCGACGAGUACGUUUUAACUAAUUGCUUACUAAAUAUAUGCACACUAUGUACAUUAACUGUACUCAUACGUUAUAAGUAUACUUAAGCAAUAGGUUGAAAUUCAGUGUCUUAUUACAUACAUACAUAUACUUAUAUAAUGGUGAAUGUGUUUGUUUAAAAUUUGAUAUUUAUUAGCUGUGAGCCACAUUGGAAUGCCAAAUAAAAAUAGUAUCUUAUUCUUACAAAGAA